CCGUAUAAAACAGGUUAUUUUCGCGCGCUAGCGCUUAUUUAGUCCUCAACUUUGGUGAGAGAGCCAUCUAGUGAGAUUCGGGUGAAAUAAGUGCGUGUAAACAUUUGUGUGUGCAGUGAUUUAGAACGAUUAUCAAAAUGCCUGGACGUCCUAUUUGGCAGUGCGCUGGCAAACGUGAGCCCGAGAAGGAGGUGGAAGCCCAGCGAUGGAUAGAAGCCGUGAUCGGAGAGCGGUUCCCCAACCUGCCGUACGAGCUGGCGCUGCGGGACGGCAUCAUCCUCUGCAAGCUGAUGAACCGGCUGCAGCCCGGCAUCAUCACCAAGGUCAACAUCUCCGGCGGGGACUACAAGUUCAUGGACAACAUUAGCCAGUUUCAAAAGGCUUGCGUGAAAUACGGCGUGCCCGACGUGGACCUGUUCCAGACCACGGACCUUUGGGACCAGAAGAACAUUGCUCUUGUUACCACUACCAUCUUCGCCAUUGGCAGGACUGCAUAUAAACACCCUGAAUGGCGCGGUCCUUUCCUCGGCCCCAAACCUGCUGAAGAAAACAAACGCGAGUUCAGUGAAGACGUCGUUAGGGCAGGACAGACUGUGAUCGGGCUGCAAGCUGGCACUAAUAAACACGCGACGCAGUCUGGACAAAACUUUGGCGCGUCUCGCAAGAUCAUCCUCGGCAAGUGAAGUACCAGGGAGAUAGGAUGUUUGAAGAUGCCUAGUCUAUGUUAGCAAUAAUAAUUUUAUUUAUUUAAUCAACUGUUUCAUUAAAUACAUAUUUACCUUUAUGUUCAUAAUUAUAAGUAUGUAAUUUAAGGCGGUAAUGUAACAAUAAAUAAAUAUUUAUUUACUAUUUUUACA